AUGAAGUCUUCAACAGUUGCUCUCAUUGCUCUCUUUACCGUUCUCGCCAUUGGCUGCACUGGUGCCUAUCAAGCGAAUGACGCUGUCGAAUCACGAAACUUCUUGCAACAACUUCUUAUCAAUCAAAUCGUCAAUGUUCUUCCAGUGAAUAUUCGUGAUCAAAUCGAUUCCACUGCUCUUCAAUUCGGUAUGGUUCGUCAUGAAUUUCUUCUCCGAUGUUUAAAAGAAUUACAAGCCUUCCAAGCCUAUUCGAAAAUUGAUUUCAUUACUGCUAUUCAAAAGACAGUGAAAUUCGCCGAAGAAAAUAUCACUCGCGAACAGGAAGAAGAAUUGAAAGCACUCGAAGACGAAGGUAUUCAAUUAGCCACAUUAUUAUUCGAAAACAAACUUCGAGCUGGUGAUUUAAAUCCAAUCUAUGAUUUACUUGUUAAAGUCGUUCGUAAACAAAUCGAUGGGCCAACCCUUGUUGUUGAAUUACCGCGAGUUGUUCGACAAAUUUUAGCUAGCCAUGCUCAAUUUUAG